CUAGCUCGGCAUAAUUAGAGGCGGAGCUUCCACCCAUUUCAUUAUGACGACACGAUGCGCGACGCGUCGGGCGACGUGAUAUGAGCCUACUUCUCGCCUGAAUGAAGAUGACAUUCUACCCUUCGGAUACCAAAGACACUGAGCAAGACUAAUUAUCCAACUAACGCUUCUUCUUCUUCUUGAUCAUCAUGGACACAAUCAAGAAAGCCAUCGGCAGCGCCUUCGACCCUAACACAGACAUCCCUGACCUUAGCGGGAAGGUCUACGUUGUUACUGGCGGCUCUGCCGGCAUUGGAUACGGCAUCGUCGCACAUCUCCUUCAGCACAACCCGUCGAAAAUUUACCUCCUGUCGAACAAGGAAGAGCACGCCGAUGAAGCCCAAGAAGCGCUCAAGGAAUGGGGUGAUAUAAGUAAAGUCGAGUGGCGCAAGUGCAACCUCGAAGACCUAAAGCAGGUGGACGAAGUAGCCAAGUCGCUGGCAAAGGAGCUGGACAGACUUGACGCUUUGGUCUGCAAUGCUGGGCUGGGUGUCGGCGUAUACAAUGAGACGCGUGAUGGUCUGGACAGCCACAUGCAGGUCAACGUCUUCUCGCAGGCACAUCUUACGCUCACGCUCUUGCCUAUACUACAGAAGACGCCUGACUCGCGCAUCGUACACCAAUCCUCUGAUCUGCAUAAGGGCGCUGACUCGAGCAUGAAGUUCGAAUCGAUCCAAGAGAUGAACCAAGACAUUGGCGCAAUGAAGCUCUACAACCGCACCAAGCUAGCACAGAUACUCUUCCUACGUGAGCUGUACUCUCGUGUCAAGGCUGGCGAAUUCGGUCAAGUCACAGAGAGCAGCGGCUUACCGUGGAUCAAUGCGACACACCCCGGCGGCGUGUUAACGGACCAGCAAGAUCAGGCAGUUGAGGCUUAUGGUACCAUGGGAAAGGUUGGAGUCGCAGCAGUUAGGCCGUUCAUGAAGGAUCCCGUAGCUGAAGGAUGUCGCCCGGCCCUGUUUGCUGCCGCGUCACCUGAUAUUGUAAAGGAUCAGAUUCAGAACUCAUACAUUGUUCCUGAUAAGAAGGUCCAAGAAGCGUCCAAGCAGGCCAGAGAUGAAAAGUUGCAAAGAAAUCUGUGGAGGCUGACCAAGGAAGUCUUGGAGUCGAAACUUGGUAGUCUGCCGUACGAGAUGAGAACUGAUGUUGUCAACACAGCGUAGGCCGAGGGUAAAUGCCGGUCCGAUUACAAAUGAACAUUUUUCGAAUAAAAUUGGGAUUCUUGUAGAUGCGCUUCAUGAUUGUUCGCCCUCGACUCUUCCAAGGUGGCUUGAUAUGCUCUACUUGGCGGAGAUAAGCGCGACCCGCGCGUCAGCUGCAUGCAUGUUCCCCUUUGUAAGGUACAGCCCACCUAUACAGCAAUACCAGAUCGCAUAGUGAAGCGUAUGUAGCGUCUAGGUCAAGACUCACAGUUA